AUGCAAUUUCGAAUUUUUUUUUUUUUUUUGCGUUCUUUUAUCUUACACAUGCAGACGGCAUUCUUGUUUCUCGUGGCUGUUGUUGCUGCUAACUUAAAUGUGGCUAACAGUAGGCGCUUUUCUUUGUUGGAAAGAGAUGAUCCACAGGAAAAAUCAAAGGGCUUUUCUUUCGGUUCACCUCCUAAAUCAAUUUUGACAUACGCCAGUUUCGACGCCGGUGUAUUAAACAUUCCACCUGUGAUGUUAACAACAAAUUUUGAAAAUGUCACUCUUCCACCACUAGGACAAAGGUUUGAUUAUUUCAACUCUUCCCAACUUGGGAAUCAGACGGCUUGGCUCAAUGGCUACAAACUUCUGAACUUCAGUUUCACUUCGCCGCCCUAUCCUGAUCUGCUCUUUCAACCUCAUUAUGUUACAUAUGGUCUCAGCAUCAUAUCAGAUGAACUGUUAUUUGAGACGUUUUCACAGCCAAACCCUGUGAUUACCGUUAUAGAUUCCUUGUAUGGUUCUGGAUAUAUUGAAAGCCGAUCCUUUUCGUAUGUCGUCAACUCAACGGAUGAUGUGCUUUUCGGAGAAAUUGACCAUGGUAAGUACGAAGGACCGUUGAAAAAAUUCAAAAGCUACCAUCCGUGGUCUGAGGAUGAACAAGGUUUUUCCCAUCCAACAAUUCUCUUGGACGGAAUUGCAGGCAAAAACCUCCUGGCCUAUUAUCCAAUCCCUAUGGAGAUAACUGAUGGUCGUUGGCAGCUUCCAGAUGAGCUUUACUAUCCACUAUUUGACCAUUUUCAAAGAACUUAUGGCAUGGAUGAUGAUGGCAUGUUGUCUUGCCUGGUGCUCAAUCUGACUGAGUACAUUUCUUUUUACUUCAGUGGAGAAGAAUACAGGGUACAGGCUGGUAGCUUUUUUGGUCUUUCUAUCAGCCCCAACGAUACUUCUAGUAGUUUUGACACUGUGCCUAAUGAGAACAGCACCUGUGGUUUUGUGGUGGGACAAAUCGACGAGUUUACUACGGGAAUCAGCGCAGAACUUUUCCUUGGUCAGUAUCUUGUUGUUGACUACGACAACAUGGAAAUCGCCAUUGCUCCUACUGCAACCAAAUCCAAACCACAGACUAUCGAGAUUAUCUCGACUGGUAUUCCUCUGGCCACUCCAGCAAAGUAUUUUACCUAUUCCGAAGUGUACUAUUCAUGUUCAACUCCUGAUUUAGUUGGGGAAAGGGAGGUCUAUUCCACGUGGUAUCACCCAUCAUAUUCAUUCUAUACGGGCGAACGUUAUGGGCCCAGUGCCACCGAAUCAUUUUAUUCGACUCAAACGAGCUCUGCCCCUGUCACGCUGGCAGAGCCAACAUCUACAAACACUGGUGAAAGUACAAAUCACAGCACAAAAACAGGCAGCAGUUCCUCUUCUAAAGCAGCAGGAAACAUCCAAACAACUGGUGGUAUCUUUGCUUUUGUCACAUUCUUUCUCAGCGCUUUGAUGAUUCUUUAG